AUGGCCGACCCCUUCAGCUCGUACCAGGCAGAGUACCUCCAGCUCCGCACCGCCCUACAACGCAAACUCGACGCCGACAUCCCCCAGCUCCGAGGCGAAGAGCGCAAAGCGGCCUUGCGCCGCGUCAACAUGGAACUCGACGAGGUCGACGAGAUUGUCGACCAACUCGAGCUCGAGGGCAAGGGCAAGGCCAAGCUCAUGACCCAGGUCCGCGCCUACAAGCACGAGGUCAAGGGCCUCAAGGCCAAGCACUCGUCCCUGUCGGCCGUUUCGGACCGCGACCUCCUCCUCUCGUCCGGCCCGGCCCACUCGGCGUACCAGAUCGGCGCCUCGGACGACGACGACGACGACGGCGACGACCCGUCCCUGUCGCACUCGGCCGCACAGCGCGCUCGCCUCCUCCAGUCGACCCAGACCCUGUCGACCUCGUCCGGCCGGCUCGACAACGCCCACCGCCUCGCGGCCGAAAACGAGGAGAUCGGCCAGGGCGUCCUCAGCAGCUUGGUCGGCCAGAGAAUGCAGCUCGUGCACGCCAACGAGCAGCUCGACGAGGCCGACGGCAGCAUCGACCGCGCGAGGGGCACGAUCGGCAAGAUGAUUCGCCUCGCCAACCGACAGCGAAUCGUCAUCGCCCUGUUCGUCGUCGCCCUCGCAGGCCUCAUUACCCUCAUCUUGUGGCACAAGUUGCGGUAG